AUGGUCGGAAACUUAUCAACAGCGCUGAGAGUACUUCCAAAUUCAGGCUACAUUAAGUGGACACCAAAGAUUAACCCGAGCACAAAGUGCACAUACGAUGCCAAAUUCUUUCCAUUUGACAUACAAACAUGUGUUGUAAAACUUGUGCCAUGGGGUUUUCAAAACACAGAGAUAAUUCUGACUACUUCCUCCUCAGCUAUAGAUCUCAGUCAUUAUGACGAACAGACGCACUCUCAGUGGAGUGUAAUGACCACCAGCAUCUCGAACAAGACAAUUUCGAACCAAUCUUUCCUGGAGUUUUCAAUAGUCCUUCAUCGAGAACCUAGUUUUUUCAUUUGGUACACUAUUAUACCCGUAUGUGCUGUGACUUUGCUUAUGUACUUUUCUUUUUUGAUGCCAAACUCAAAGAUGACACAGGGUCUAAGAAUGACAUUUCUGAAAGCUCGAAUAAAAAAUGUGAAAAAGACUAGAAAGGAUAUUUUAUCUCCUCCUGUCAUUGCAACUCGCAGUCGCUACAUUGCAGUAGCAUUCCUGUUCUUUGCCUUCAUAUUCAAACUAAAUUUUUAUCUUAUUCCACAUGUAUCGAACCCGAUCCCACUGAUUUGUUAUUUCCUUAUAAUUUCUUUGGUAGCCGUCGGUUUGGCCGCCAUAAUUUCUGUACUCGUGAUGAGACUCGACUUCAAACCAAAACGACAAGAAGUUCCUGAAAGACUGAAGACCAUCAUUGCUUUUAUCCUGCUUCGUUACUGGUAUCCUAAAGAAAAGGAAAGAAGAGAAGAAAGGGAACUGCAGGGCAGACAACCAGUACAGACCGCAGGCGAGAAACGGCCUUUAACUGCCGAAAGCACUGGUGAGGGGGAGGAGGAGGUGAAAAUAGAUUACAUGAAACCAAAGGAGGGAAUAACCUACCACACGGUUACCACCACUCUCAACUCUUGUUUUUUCAUGCUGUUUUUCGCGGUGUCUCUGACUUUCACCGUUCUCAUUAUCCUAACUGUUUCCGUUGGGAAGGACUCAUGA